AUGAGUUUCACCAGGCUUCUUUUGGACUUCGAUCCUAAUGAGCUCAAAUCAAUGAGAAAUGUCGAUCAAAACUCAAAAUACCCUACGUUUGAGGUGGUCAGGGCGAAGUGCUACUCCUUUUUGUUCAAGGUUGUCACCAAGGCCGUGUUUGAGAAACACGUUGUUCACCGAACGCUUGGUCUCUUGCCAUCGUUGCCAAACGUAACCUUCGCAAAUUGGGUCCGUGGCAAAGAAGCUGGGUUAGUCAUUCCACGAAGUGUGGCCUUGAUAGCCUCGAUUGCACCUUUCAUGGAAAUGUGUCCUAAGGAGCCGCAAGCAUACUUGGACGCUGACAAAAGAAUGCACCAUCCUAGUGAAGAGGAGCUUAGCCGAUACCGAGCAUCGUUUUUUGAGUACACGAAGCUGAAAGAACUACACGUUGCCAAAGAGAGGGCCCGCUUGGCAACCGAGCUUGCCUACCUCGUGCAAUGGUGCUGGGAGUUGGAGACCGUGCAGACAGUAUGUUUCUACAGCCCAUAUGAUGUAUCUGAAGAUAACACGAUCGAGGAUUUAACGUCGUUCUUGAAAGAAGAGAAGAAAGGUACUGUGCAAGUAGUUAGAGAGGUAGACGUGGUGGAGGAGUUCGCUGUGGGCGAUGAGAAGAACGCGAAGCGAGCAGACAGCAUGAUGGUUUAUAUUGCCACACGGUCUAAGAUGCCACUUCGUGAGGAGUUUGGCCUCGUCAUAGCGACAAACCAGGCUUUCGAAAUGGUCACUCUUCUGUCAUUUUUGUGUGAGGGAGCGCCGUUAGUAACUCCCACCGCUCGCGAAUUCAGCCGCACUAACUUUAAUGAGGCGGUGAAACACUUCCUGGAUCAAAUCCAAGAAGAGUAG